GGCUCCGGCGCUCUGUUUCUGUGUUUGCCGUUGUGGAAGUCAGAUUGCACAGUGCGGAGAUGUUGGCAGCUGACUGUGGAAUAAGCUCACAGAGGAAUUAUUAUCAGGCUAGUCAAGAGGACCAUGGCAGCAUCUUCUCCUCACUUUUAUAACUCUUUCCUUUUUUGAUCUGAAUAUCUGAUCAGCUGUUGGAGACAUUUCAUUCUUUUUGCCAAAGUCAAAGGCUGCUUUGGGAUCCAUCUCCUUGUUGAAAGCAUUCUCCCUCCACCUGCGUUUUGGUGGAAGACGAAUUUGAAGGCUUUGGGAUGACGGAGAUUUUGGUGUCGGAUGUAAACUUGAACUCGGUGUGUGAGCGUCUGGAGAAGCACUGCUGUGUGGACCAGAACCAGCACAACCUGUCCAGCCAGCCACAGACCCCGGUGCUUAAGAGGCACAGCAACACCGGGGCCAAGCUGUGGGGCCGCGUCCGCAGCAAGCUGCUCAGACAAAAGCUGGAUCCUCAGACAGUGCAGUCCAAGAACUGGCACAUGGACGUCAUAGAGAUGAACGGGAUCAAAGUGGAGUUCUCCAUGAAGUUUACAAGUCGGGACCUCAGCUUAAAGAGAACGCCGUCCAAAAAACAGAGCGGGGUGUUUGGAGUCAAAAUCAACGUGGUGACAAAGCGCGAGCGCUCCAAGGUGCCUUACAUCGUCCGGCAGUGCAUUGAAGAGGUGGAAAAGAGGGGGAUCGACGAAGUGGGAAUCUACAGGAUCUCAGGGGUGGCCACUGACAUCCAGGCCCUCAAAUUAGUGUUUGACACCAAUACCAAAGAUAUCCUGGUGAUGCUGAGCGAUAUGGACAUCAACGCCAUUGCAGGAACACUGAAGCUGUACUUCAGGGAGCUGCCGGAGCCUCUGCUCACCGACCGCCUCUACCCCGCCUUCAUGGAGGGCAUCGCGCUCUCUGACCCCGCAGCCAAGGAGAACUGCAUGAUGCACCUGCUGCGCUCCCUGCCGGACCCCAACCUCAUGACCUUCCUCCCCCUGCUGGACCACCUCAAACGCGUGGCGGAGAAGGAGCCCGUCAACAAGAUGUCCCUCCACAACCUGGCCACGGUGUUUGGCCCCACUCUGCUCAGGCCCUCAGAGUCCGAGAUCGCAAAGGCUCAGCACAUCACCUCUGCCUCUGACAUAUGGUCACAUGACGUGAUGGCGCAGGUCCAGGUGCUGCUCUACUACCUGCAGCAUCCUCCCAUCUCCUUCGCGGAACUGAAGCGCAACACGCUCUACUAUUCCACUGACGUUUAAACCACCCCCCACCAUCACCACCUCCCUCAGGGCGCCAUACAGAGAGGAGAGAGAGAGAGACUCCAUACAAACCCUGGUCCUUGCCGACCGGUGGUCCUGCCUCAGCUCUCCUCCCAGCAGGCUGCUCAUCUUGACUCGUACCACGACCCCCCCCCCCCCCCCUUCCCCCUACCACACAUACACACACACAUCCCUCCCUGAACCCACCACCUUCUCCCCCGGUCCUGAAAAGAGAUGAAGCCUGUCAAUAUGGAGGCGGUGACGGAGACUUCCCGGUCAUCUAUUCGUCACGUUUGUAAACUAAGGAGAGUAAAGCCCCCAGCGCCUCCCGCUCCCAGGACAAGGCAUUCUGGGAGCUCAUCAGGGAAAUCUAGAGGGGGUCAGGAUCACGUGGUGUCAUUUAGUGAGCACUUUCCAGACGACUCCAGCUUCUUAUUCCUUGAUCAGAGGCAUGCCAGAAAAAAUGGCAUUUUCAUGUGUGAUAAUUAUGUUUUCUCUCCUUUUUUCUGUCUUUCUGGCCUAAUGCAUGUGGUGGAGGAGACUGGGGGUGUGAGUGACGACGUGGAUGCACUUGAGUGAGUGAGUGUGUGUUUAAAGGGACUUUGAGAACUUGUGAGGUUUAGAAGUGGCUGGGAAGCCGUCCUAAUACAUGGCUGGUGACGCGUCUCUCUGUUCUGACAGGACGAGAGAGAGCUGCCCUCCCCGGUGAGUCUCGGCCAAAUUAGCCCUAUUUAUUUUAAAUAUAUAUAAUAUGUGUGCCUGUACAGUUCUGUGCAACUAGAGAAAUGCUCAAAGGAGUCUGUUUUUUGAAGUUUAUUCAGUUAGUGAUGUUAUUUUUAGCUUCUCAUUCACCAUGUCCAUGGUUGGUAAGCUGUACUGAAAAGAUGGACAUAAAGUCUGCCAGUUAAUUUCAGAUCACUUUGUAAAGGAAGGGCACUCUGGGACAUGAGGGUUAUUGGGGGGAAAACACAACAAAUGGAACAUUCUUUUUAUUUCUCUCGUUGUUUCAUUGCAAGCCUGUUCCAAGUGUCUUACUGCACCGGUAUAAUCUAUAGAGUUGAUUUGUGUAGUUGCCCUCAUUGCAUGUUCAGCUUGUCAAUCAAACCAGGCAGGGUAACAGAAAGGUAGGUUGUCUCUGCGCAGCCCGCUGAGACUGGCUGAUCCCAUCUCUGCUCUGUACAAAGCCAACCUUUCUGCUAUCAAGCCUGCGACAUAUCUUAAAAUACUGUAAGCACUGCUAGAUGAGUACUAUUUGAUAUUUUUAAUAUAAGAUGAAAAUAAAAAUAAAAAAUGUUGUAUUUUACUUCCUUUGAGAAGAAUUUCAAUAUACUGUAAUAUUGAGGAUUAAAUGUCAAUGUGAACUUUUCCCCCCAUUUUUUUUUAGUAAAAUAAAAGUUACCAAAACACUC